UUGUCAAGCGGAGGCUUACUGUUGCUGCAAUUAAAAUUCCUGCCUUGGAUGUGGACUAUGGGUCCAGUUCAUCACUUUACAAACACUGACUGAGGAUGAUCCGGUGAGGGAAAACCAUUGAAAGGAGAAUGUGUCGUGUCCUGAGGCCCACUGGUAGUCAACCCCUCCCAGGAGCCAGGAGACAAGCCCAGACCCCCCUCCUUUAGCUGGGACACCUCUCUGACCCCACCUUGGACCUCACCCCAGCUGCCUUUUAACUUCAUGAAGAACUCUGACGUUGGUGAUGUGAUGAAUAAAUUUGAAGUCCUUGGGAUCGUAGGUGAAGGUGCCUAUGGAGUGGUCCUGAAGUGCAGACACAAGGAGACCAAUGAGAUUGUGGCCAUUAAGAAGUUCAAGGACAGUGAAGAGAAUGAGGAGGUUAAGGAGACCACACUCCGGGAGCUAAAGAUGCUCCGAACCUUGAAGCAGGAGAAUAUCGUGGAGCUGAAGGAAGCCUUCCGCAGGAGGGGGAAACUCUACCUGGUGUUUGAGUAUGUAGAGAAGAACAUGCUGGAGCUGCUGGAGGAGCUUCCUAACGGAGUGCCGUCUGAUAAAGUCAGGAACUACAUCUACCAGCUGAUCAAAGCUAUCCAUUGGUGUCAUAAGAACGACAUUGUCCACCGGGAUAUAAAGCCAGAGAACCUUCUAAUCAGUUCUGAUGACAUCCUCAAGCUAUGUGACUUCGGCUUCGCCCGUAAUCUCUCAGAGGGAAAUGAUGCCAACUACACAGAGUACGUGGCCACUAGAUGGUACCGCUCUCCAGAACUACUGCUGGGGGCUCCGUAUGGUAAGGCAGUUGACAUGUGGUCAGUAGGCUGUAUCCUGGGUGAACUGAGUGAUGGCCAGCCGUUGUUCCCAGGAGAGAGUGAGAUAGAUCAGCUCUUCAUCAUCCAGAAGGUCCUGGGACCACUGCCUACUGAACAGAUGAAACUCUUCUACAAUAACCCUCGAUUCCACGGGCUAAGGUUCCCAGCAGUGAACCACCCCACCACCCUGGAGAGGAAGUACCUGGGGUUCAUCAGUGGAGCCCUGCUGGACCUCAUGAAGAACCUGCUGCUGUUGAGUCCUACAGAGCGGUUUCUAACGGAGCAGAGUUUGGACCAUCAUGCCUUCCAGACACCGCGACCGGUGGAGCGACCUGGACCUUCUACACCCACACCAGUCCGCUCCUCUAAGAGGAAGCCUCAUCACACGGACAACAGCGCCCCCACCAGGAGUCAUGGUGUUAAGGGUUCAGACCACCACCGCUCAGCUAGUAGAGACUGUUCCAGCCUGCCCCGUCACGAAGACCUCCAACCUAGCAAUCACCCUAGCAAUGACAACUUCCUGAAUGGCAACAGCUUGAGCCCCACCCUCCACCCCAAGACCUAUGCCCCGCCCCCCCAGCUCCUGAAUCGUUCAGCCUCCUGCUCCAAGGACCUAGCCAACAACAACCUGCCCCACCUCCUCAGCCCCAAGGAGACCAAGAGCAACCUACCCCACCUCCUCAGCCCCAAAGAGACCAAGAACAAAGACUUUGACUUCACCUCCGGAGCCAAGGCCUCAGAUGGGCCGGGAGCCAAGUACCUCAAGUCCAACAGCCGCUCUCAGCAGAACCGCCAUAGCUUCGUAGAGGGAAAGACCAGCACCCUGAUGUCUGGAGACAAACACAGAGCCAGAGACCGAGACCGCCACAGCUACAUGGGGGAGCAUGGGUCCUCUAAGUCUGCAGGAGGGUUAGGGUUAGCAGGAGGCUCCUAUAUAAACCUUUCUAAGAGCCACGGGGCCCUCAACGACGCCAAGUCAGUAGGGAACCUUAGCGACCCACGUAUCCAUGGUGACGAACCUCCAUCACGCUACUUCCCUACUUCCUGUCUGGACCUCAACGCUCCUGGCAGCCCGGUGACCGGUCAUCAUCGUCACAGCCCUGCAGGCCGGCGCUCGGAGAGAGAGAGCAAUACGCUAGACUCCUCAUCCCGACGCACCUCCUCACGACACAAGAGCUCUGAGGAAGCCAAGUCCCCUGAGGGAGGAGACCCGGGAGGGGGAGGAGGUGGAAGCCAUGGUCACUCCCUGUCCACCCCUCAUGAGGCCUUCCCCUACGGCCUGGGCUACACAUCCCCCUUCUCCUCCCAGCAUAGACCUCACCGCCACUCCAUGUACGUGCGGCGGGAGCGUCAGAGGACCCACGGGGGGGGUAGUGAGGGGGGGCUGGCGGUGGGACAGGGGAUGUCCACCAGAGCCUCCAGCCUCCAGCUACUCUCCCCCCAGCUGCAGCACCGCACCCUGCCCAGGCACCCUGGAGGAUCUUCUACAGAGGACAUCACCAGGGUGGGGAUGUUCCAUGAACAGCACCCAGAGGACGGAGUCUCUUCUAAAGAAAACCGCAUCAUCUACAGUGAGUCCAUGCCCAGGAGGGUUGGCAGCUUCUAUAGAGUGCCGUCCCCGCGGCCAGAUAACGGAGGUCAGGGCAGCAGGGGGACAGGAGGGGGGGCAGUGGACGGAAGCACCUUGACCAACCAUCCCAAACGCCAGCCGGCCUUUGACCCCUGGAUGCGCCCAGAGAUCGUGGUGAUGAACCAAUCAGAGCCAACCAAAGAAAAGGAGAAGCAGGGCUUCUUCAGAGCAAUAAAGAAGAAGAAGAAGAACAAGUCCCAAACGAACCAACCAGAUCCAUCAAACGCUCAACCAGGACGUCAUCAGGAGGUCCCAGGUGACGGGGCAGAUCACAUGGUCGUCCAGAAGUCCGCCCGGUCAUCGGGUCAUCAGAGCAGCCGCCACCGGGACCAAUCACGGGAGAGAGACAGAGAACAAUCACGGGAGAGAGACAGAGAACAAUCACGGGAGAGAAACUGGCCAUCAGAAAAAAUGUCUGAUGCACACUGUCAGGUGAAAAUCAUCACUCCCCAAUCAGUCACCAAUCAAUCAUCAAUCAGAAGACACACCUCCUCCUGUUUUCCUACCCUAUCACAGUUCCUUUCCCUUGGUUUAAAAACCCUGUCGGUUGUUUGCUCUUGAGCUCAAUCUCUCUGUAAAUGCCAUGUCUGUAGGUCUCUGUGUUUCACUCUCUCUUUGUGUACUAACCUCUCUUUUGUUUGAGCACCUCCAUAGCACUUUGUCAUCACCUGUGAGUAUUGUUUUGGUUAUGGUGUUUGAUUGCUGGUGGGAAAAGGGGAAACCAAGACAAGUCGCCCAUGGGCAUACACUACCCGUAGGUAGACUUUGUUAAAUACACUAGUUAGAACUGGGCGGACCACCCACUGUAUUUUUGGUUAGUUAGUUAGCUGUUGUUAAAGUAGGCUAGUCUAGCUGAGGUUUUUUUUGAAUACUUAUUGUUUCUUUCCUUGGGUCCAGCUCAGCCCCUUUUCCUGCUCCCCCCAUUACCGUGUGUUUUCAAAUAAACCUUGAGUUUGACGGUAGAUUUCAGUUGUCCUGGUUAUUUCGUUCACACUUUUGUUUUGUCAAUAUUAUAAUUUGCAUGAGUUAUAUUACGGGUCUCAUUACCAUCCCCCCCUAGACUGUCGGGCCAAAAAGCGAUCCGUAAUAAUACUGCUAAAGUAACACUCGAGUGGUUUAAGGGGAAACAUUUAAAUGUCUUGUAAUGGCCUAGUCAAAGCCCAGACCUCAAUCCAAUUGAGAAUCUGUGGUAUGACUUAAAGAUUACUGUACACCAGGGGAACCCAUCCAACUUGAAGGAGCUGGAGCAGCUUUACCUUGAAGAAUGGACAAAAAUCCCUGUGGCUAGAUAUGCCAAGUUUAUGGAGACAUACUCCAUGGGACUUGCAGCUGUAAUUGCUGCAAACGUGGCUUUACAAAGUAUUGACUUUGGAGGGUGAAUAGUUAUGAACGCUCAAGUUUUCUGUUUUUUUGUUUGUUUCACAAUAAAACAUAUUUUGCAUCUUCAAAGUAGUAGACAUGUUGUGUAAAUCAAAUGAUACAAACCCCCAAAAACUAUAUUUUAA